CACAUGUGCAUUGUGCUCUGCAAGAAACAUAAACAAGCUUCGUGCGACAAGUCGUGAUGGUUUUAAAUUUACAAUAUAAAUUAGAAUAAUACACAAUGAAAAGCAAACCAGUAAAACAUAAAACCACGAACACAUUUCGGUUUGUGCCAUUUGCGGAGCGAAUAAAUAGCAUCGACAUUCGGCAUGCUGCUCUCUAUCACAUUGAACAUUUAUAUGCCAGUCAACCGGGAGAAAAUGAAACACAUUUCCACUUAGCUAUCCAGAAAUGGCAUGCACUAAAUUUGACAGAGAAUUUCAAGAAAUUUAAGAAAGAAGUCUAUGGCAUUGUAACCGUGGCACAGCUGAUUCAUAAAAAAGAGGAAGUACUUGAUUUGUUGGAAAAGUAUUUAAAAUUGGAAGAUCAGCUAUGCAUUCAACCAUUAUUAGAGAUACUAGUGUCAGUAGCCAAGGAUUUGAGAAAUGAUUUCUACCCUCACUUUCCUAAAUUUCUUGAUAUACUAAUAAAGUUAUUGGACACUAAAGAUGCAGAGAGACUGGAAUGGACACUUAUCUGUUUAGCUUUUCUUUUCAAGAUAUUAAAGCCAUAUUUAAAGAAGGAUCUUGGUAUUGUUCUCCCAAGAAUAAUACCUCUUUUGAGUGAAAAUAAACCGCAGUAUAUAAAUAAUUUUGCAGCUGAAAGUUUUGCAUUUGUUGCAAGAGAUAUAAGGGAUAAGAAAAAGUUUGUGGAAUCUCUUCUGAGUUACUUAAAAGAUAAUGAUGAUGCAAUCACGGGAAGUGGUCAUUUGCUCUUUGAGAUAUUAAGAGGUGUGAGCAAUAAAUUCCACAGCUGUAUAGACACUUUUUUGCCAAUACUGUUUGAACAACUCAAAGAAAAUAAGGCACACCAAGAAAUUCUGUUCAAAGUUCUCACACAGACAGUGGAAGAUAGCUUACAAGGAAUAUCACAUAAGGAGUUUACAUUUUUUUGGGACAAUAUUGUAAAAUAUACAGAGGAAAUAGCUAAGGAAGAUGGAAAUAAAGGAUUGGAAUGUAUACUCAGGUUGUCCGGACAAGUAAUUGAACAUCAACAUGGAAAAUAUUUGUCCAAUCCACAGCAAUAUACUGUUAUGUUGGUUAAGGUUAUUUGUGAACAAUCAUCAGAAAGAGUUUUGGAAGUAUGUGCUCAAAUUGGAGCACUAUUACUUCUAUCAUCAAAUAUAAUGUUAUCUCAAGAACAUGCUGGUAUCCUUGUUAAAGUACUACUGCCUUUACCAUUUCCAAAUAUUCUCAUUGAUUUUGUACAAAAUGUUAUAAAUUAUUCACAGUUUGAUAUGCACAUAUUGCCACAUUAUUUGAAUUUUGUAAUACAAUCUGAUUUUGACAGCGAAGCAAUGUCAACAUUAACAAAAAUAUGUUUGAGAAAGUCACCAUUAUCUAAGAAUGGAUUAAAACUGUUUGAAUGGGUGAAAUAUCCGCUUGACUUUGGAAAGGGUCUGCCAUUAAUCAUGGAACAUUUUAGAAAAGUUUUAAAUGAAGACCUAGAGGACAUAGUUGAAAAUCCAAUUAAGUUAAUGAAUGUACUGUUUUGCAUGCCACAUAUAGAGAGACUCGAUGUGGAUAUGUGUAUUGAAUUGUUGCGUGAACUAACUAAGAAACUUCUGAACACACUGUCCAUAUAUAAUCUGGAACAUCAAAACGAAAAUAAACUUGUGUGUGAUACAACAGCUUUAUCGAUAUGUGCUAGAAAAAUAAUAUUCAUACUAGCUACUACAUUAGAAUGCGCGAUACACAUAUCUAGCUGUAAGCGAUUGAAGGAAAUAUGUGAUUUAGAUGUUCUGUUACCAGUUAUAGUUCCAUGUGCUGCAGAUCCAAAUUAUUUAGUAGCGUUACAGUUACUUGAUUUAUAUCUAACAGCUUAUGAGUAUGAGAACAGCCUGAAAUAUCCCUUUUUAUCAUUGAUUGAUUCUUAUCUAAGACCUAAUGUGUCUUCACCAUUUCAUAUUGUGAGAUUAUUAACAACGCACAUUUAUAAAUUAUUUGAAAAUGUUGAAGAGUUAAAUAAAACACUACAGGUUGGUGGGGAUAUCGAAAGAUUUUCAAUUUUCAGUAAAUGUUUUGCAGUAGAAUCCAUUACUCCAUCUAUACAAGAAUAUAGAGCUCAGAUAAGUACUUUGCAGAAAAUGGCGUUCAACACAACACAGUAUGAAUUAGCUAAAGAUACAGAUUUUCAUUUGUAUCCUCUACAUUAUAUGCUGGGUAUUCUAUAUGCUAAUUUCAAGUUACUUUGGGAACCAGUGGUUGAAUUCGUUGCAGGUUACGGAAAUGGUCUCGUUAUUGACGCCUUUUGGCCAACCUUCUAUAAGGCUCUAGAAAAUUCUUUUACAAAUGCCAAGUGCAACAUCAAAAGUUUCAAAUUUGACAGUGAAAUUGAAGGAAAUAGUCUACUUCUUAGAGAUUUAUAUGCUGAAUAUAAUAAUAUAACAGAGAGGCCUGAUCUUUUCAAUUAUAGAAAUUUGAUCUUAAAAACUAUGACGUUUUGUAUUCAUAUUUGUGAGGCUAAAAAUAGGGACAUUGUUACUCUUUUCUUGAAAUUCAUAGAUGAAGAGUAUCGGCAAAAUAGUAACAUGAAUGCACUAACAAUAGAUGUCGAAAAACACGACAAUGAAGCAAACACUGCAAUGGAGGUUGAUAAUCCAGAAAAUGUUGAUAAUCUUGAAAUUCCAGAAGAACAAGAAAAAGAUACUGUAUCGGGAAAAAUAAUAUUUAAAACCCUAAUAAAUAUAAUGCAAGUUCUAUCACAGUUUAAAAACCCAAGAGCUCUUCAUAAGGAACCUGUUUUUUGGGAACUCUAUAUGGAGUUUUUAAAACAUAAAAAUCCUGGUCUUCAGAAAUAUGCAUUGGACUGUGUUUUGAAUUAUAAGAACAAAAGUGUGGUUGCAUACAAAACAAAUCUCUACAAUCUAGUCGAUGAAAAUAAGUUUAAAGAUGAACUUGCACAAUUUAAAAUUACUGAAGAUUCGGAGGCUAUUCAUGUUGAAGAUAGAGAACAUGUUGUUCCAAUUAUAUUAAGAAUUUUAUACGGGAAAAUGACUUCAAAAUUAGGAGCAGACAAAAAGGGAGGUGGUCAAACUAGACGAUCUUUAGUGAUGAGAUAUUUGAGUGGUUGUAAAGAAAAUGAAUUAAAAACGUUUAUUGAAAUGGCAUUCACAUACUUCAAGGACAAUAUGAAGUUGGAACCCAAAAAAAUAUUACAAAACAUCACAAAUAAUAUAGACUUAAAAGCAGUUACGAGUCCUGGAAAAAUACAUAGCGUAUUAAAUUUGUUUGAUGUUGUAAGAGAGUAUUUUGGAGGAUGUAUGAAAGAUAGCUUACUAUCUCACUUUAUGAAAAUAUUUUAUGCAGUUUGUUCACACCUAGCCGCCGUUUUAUCUCGUGUUGAAAAAGUGCACAUUAGUUAUGUGAAAGUGAUGAAAAAUCUUAGGACAAUUGCUCUGUCAAUACUGGGAAAACUUUUUGAUCAGUUUGACAAAUAUGCUUGGAGCAAGGAUGAAUUGUAUGUCAUAUAUGAAACAUUAAUAUGGCCUCUACUUCCUAGAUUGCACAUCGAGGGUAUUCACAGUCCAACGGUUCUUCUAAAGCUGUUUAAUACAUGGUGCCUCAAUCCAAGAUACUAUAUUUUACUUAUAACAUGUUCCGAAAAUGAUGCUUGCCUGAGUGCGUUACCUGAAAUUUUCAAACUUCUACUAGCACCAAAAACAACGCCCGGUGUGGUUAACAUGAUACUUGAUAUGGUCGAAAAAUUAUUGACUUUAACUGAAGAUGAAGAAAAGGAAGUACCAGAAUUAGAAUCUUUUAAUACUUUAGAAGUUAAAUCUGAUAAAACUGAUAUCAAUUUUGGCAGUAAAAUUCUAAUACCUCACUUGCCCAGUAUCUUGGAAGUCAUGAAGAGAAGAGUUGCAAACUCAGCAAAAUCGAAUACUGUGAAUAAAAGAGAUCUGUUAAUACUUUCGCGUGUUACGGAAAUGGUUACUACACCUGAGAUGUGCGACGAUUUAUUAAAUCUCCUACUUCCUAUACUUGUAAAAAAAGUUUGUAUGAAUAUGGCUGAAGAAAAUAUGGAACAUGCUGUAAAUACUAUUAUAAACCUUCUUGGUCACAGUUCUAAUCCCCAGAUAUACAUAAAGAAUAUAGCUGUUCUCUUUAACAAAGUUACAUUGGUUGAAGUAAGGAAAUUAUUGAUUAAACUGUUAUUUUCUAUGUCUACGAAUGGAUCAGCUAAUAAAGAUGCUUUAACGAAAAUAGCUGAUGUUGUCAGUGAAAUGAAUGCUUUCAAUAAAAGAUGGAUAGAUCAACCUGAUUUUGACAAAAGGAUAGAUGCAUACAAGAAAAUUUACCAAAUGUUGGACAAUAAUGAGAUUGAUAUGGAUCUAGCUAUUCUAAUCGUUAAUAAUUGUUUCUUCUUCAUCCGCAAUGAAAAAGACAUCGGUUUACGAGAUAGUGCAGGACUAUGCUUAAAGAAAAUACUUCCGAAAUUGUUAAUGAAGUUCAGAUCAACUAAUGAAGGACAAUUUUUUGUUCGAGACACAGUACUUUCGCUUAUAUCAACCGGUAUUCGCGAUAAGAAAAAUGAUAUUUUGCGAAAUGAGAGUCUAACAAUAUUGGGAGAAUUAGUACGGGAGUGUCCUGAUGCUGAUGUUGUAUUAACCGAUUUAGCGCCAUUAGCUAGCAAAGAAGAUAGGGAAGUUGACUUCUUUGAAAACUCUUGCCAUCUUCAGUUACAUAGACGUGUGCGAGCGCUUCUAAAAUUCUGUAAAGUAGUGAGAAAAGUAAUGAAAUGUCCAACACCAAGGACGCUCACUAAUUUCAUAUUACCUUUAGCAUCUAUGUACAUAUGCGACGACAAUUAUUCAGAUAAGAACACGCUAAUAGACGCUUGUAUUGAAGUUAUAUCUACGUGCUGUAGAUUGCUACCGUGGUAUCAUUACGAAGUAAUCUUGAAGUUGUAUUUAAAUAAAAUGAGACACUCGACAGAACAUCAGAAACAAUUGACGCGCAUUAUAGUCGGAGUUAUUGACGCGUUCCAUUUUGAUUUUUCAAAAGUAAAAAAUAUUGAACUACCAAAAUCUUUAACGAAUACUAUUAAAAUUGAUAAAAAUAAAAAGGUAGAUAAAGUUGAGGAGGGUAAAAAUCAAGAGUCUGAAGAUGAACAAGAAGAUAAAGAAAAGGAGUCAUUAGAAGAUGAUUUAAUAGCAGAAGUCGGUGAUGACAAAGACGAGGAAGAAUCGAAAGAGGUGUCCAAUUUACCAGCCUUUGACAGAGUUACCAGUGUUUCACCUUCUGUGGCUAACAGGAUAAUUAAAUCAUUAACAGCAGGGUUAUUACCACAACUAAAUAGAGCAAUAGGUAAGCUGACAGAACACGAAGAGUCCCACAAAGUGAACCGCCGCCGUACCGGGCUGGUCCGUCAAGAGGAGGACAUGUUGCGAGUGCCCAUUGCGCUCGCGCUGGUCAAGUUGCUGCAACGCUUGCCCGGGGACUUCUUGAGGCACCAACUGCCUGGGAUUAUAAUUAAGUUAUGCUCAUUCCUAAAAUCACUUCUAAAACAAGUGAGGAUAGCAGCACGCGAUAUCGUUAAGAAAGUUAUGCUAACAGUUGGUACACCAUAUCUAGGUGUUUUCCUUGAACAUUUAACUCUUCUACUGACCAGAGGUUUUCAAGUCCACGUACUUGUUUCCACAAUACACACGGUUUUAGAUGCUUUAAAAUCUGAUUUCAAACCAGACGAUAUAGAUCAAAACCUCGAAUACAUUCUUGAUGUAUGCAUCAAUGAUUUAUUUGGCCAAUUAUCCGAAGAAAAAGAAGUGGAGAAAUUACACUACAAGACCCCUGAAGCCAAACCCAGCAAGAAAAGCUAUGUGACACUCAUGAUCGUGUCUCAGAAUAUUACAGAAAAAUGCUUGAUCAACCUCCUCUUACCAUUUAAAGAGGUCUUACAGAAUCACCACUCAAAGAAAGUAGUUCUGAAAGUCCAAGAUGCUUUAAUGCACAUUUCCAGCGGUUUAGUUACGAAUAAAUUUAUCGACAUCGAAUCUCUGUUCAUAUUCCUUCACGGCAUCGCUUCAGAGAGCAUUCCGGAGUUCGUUUUGAGUGCGCCCAAACGCGUGCUCACAGAAGACCAGAAAGAUAAGAUGCUUAGAUCGAAGCCAGAUUGUUUUAUAAUACCAGAAACGCCAAAAAGGAAUAAGGAGUCACAAGCAAGACACGUUAAAACGUCUGCAAAAGCGAACGCCCAUGUUUUGGUAGAAUUCAGUUUAAAUAUACUUUACAUUAUUUUGAAGAGGGAGAAAGUGUCCAGAAUGGACUGUAAGGCGUUUGUGGAUCCUCUCAUACCGUUGUUAGUAGAUGCGGUUCAAAGUGACAACGUUAAAGUUAUAACGGUAGCAUUAAAAUGUAUAGCGACUUUGUGGACUAUCAGAAUUAGCACGCCGACGUUAGAAGAGAUGGUCGAAGCUAUUGUGAAGACGAUUUUUUCGAUAUUACAUAAAUACGCCACGUUUGAGAUCAGCAAACAGAAUGAUAACUAUCACCUGGUUAGGACCGCUUUUAAGGCAGUAACAGCGCUUAUAAGAAACGUCAAAUAUUAUACCUUAGAAGCCGAUCAACUAAAAACCUUGCUUUUAUAUGCUGAAGAAGAUUGUCAAAACGACGAAAGACAGGCGAACUCAUUUUCAUUGUUAAAAGCUAUAUUGGAUGCGAAAUUAGUGUCAACUGAAUUACACGAAGUUAUGCAAAAGAUAUCGAAGAUUUGUAUUUUAAGUGAAUCUGCAAGAUCCAGAGAAGAAGCCCGCGGCAUCUUCGUCACAUAUCUAACAAAUUAUUCACCGGGCAGGAGAAUGGAGAAGUUCAUACAAUUCUUCAUGUCCCAACUGAACUACGAGCUGCAGCACGGGCGGGAGUCGUCUCUAAAGUUCAUCGAAAUGAUCGUUAGAAAAUUCGAACCGGCAUUCCUCUCCAAGCACAGCGACUACAUGCUGCUAGCGCUGGGAGCCAGCAUGCUGAAUGACAGCGCUGCGGAGUGUCGUAGUGCAGCGGCCGUUUGUAUAGAGGUGAUGCUGACGCGACUGUCAAGCGCUGAUAGGAGCAAGCUGUUCGAUAUGAUACUCAAGUUCUUUGAGGACACUCAGCCCCUACAUUUCGAACUGGCGGCCCAGCUGGGCAUUCGCUUUGUCAACGUUGAACAAGAGAACUUUAAAACCCGUAUUGAAUCCAUUCUUCCCUUGCUCAGUGGGAAAAUAUUACUUCUCAGCAACGACAUAACCGAGGGGCGUUUUGUUAAAAUACGCCUAGAUGACACCGAAAAAUCGGACGAAGAGAAACAGAAAGAAAAAGACCACAGCCUAAUACAAAUUCUGAAUUUAAUCGAUAAAAUCGCGACACACUGCGCUUCCAGUCUGAAAAAUCAGAAUUACACCUCGGAUUAUGAUGACAUAGGGCAACACUGCCAGGCGUUAUUGGCGUACCCGCAUGCGUGGGUGCGGUUGCGAGCGGCGAAGAUUUUGGGGCAUAUUCUGAAUAGCGUAAAUGUCGAAGAGUUGGAGAAUAAGGGUGAAAGUGAUAGAGGGUUUAUUUAUUAUGACACGGAGGACGCAUUGCGCAGUCUCGUGUUGGAUCUGUGCGCGCAAUAUACACCAAAUGUGGGCAAGGAUAUGGCUGAUCAGGUGACGGAAGUAUUGUACCUCAUACUGAAACUGGUACACUCAAUGCCUAGUUUCAAAUUGGCGAACAAAGUGCCAAGUGACGAUGCAGAUACGGAAAGAGCGAAAGUGAAUAUAAGAUGGAUCUUGUUCAAAUUACGGAAAGGUGUCAACGCUGAGGUCGCUAAGGCGCCUAACUGUAUGAAUAUUCGGAGCGCAGUAUUCACAAUGUGGAUCCACUUCGUAAGCGGUCUCGAAGCGGAUGAUGUUAACAAGAUAAUAGACGUGAUCCUACCGCCGAUUGUUCGAGAACUUUCCACUGGUGACGCCAUGUCACCCUCGAGCGUCGCCAAACAGCUCGCGGGGAGGGUCGGCAAGAAAUUGAGAAGGAAAAUCGGGGUCAUUGAGUAUAGCAAGUUGGCUGCUGACGUGCAAACUAAACUGAAUAUCAAGAGAGCCGAAAGGAAGAAGAUCCUAUUACAAGAGAAAGUGAGUAAUCCGGAGAAGGCUGCGAAACGGAAACUACAAUUGCGCGAAAAGAAGAAGCAAGCAAAGAAGGCGAAACUGGAAAUGUUACACGGGAAGCGGCCGAAGGCGAGGAAAAGGAAAGCUGAAGAUAUUGAUAUCGAGGAUCAGUUACUGCAAGAAGAUUGAGCAGAAUCAUUAAAUUUAUACGCUUAAUGAUUUCUAUAUAUCAAUAGAAUAUUCAUUGGAAAAUGAGAUAAAAUGAAAAAUCUUCAGAUCUAUCUAGGCUCUUAGUUCUAUGAACUAUUAUGUAUAUUAUCUUGUAAAUAUUGUUAUGUUAAAAAUAAAUAAAA